AGUGUGGUGUGUGUCGCGUUGUUGCUCCGGUGGAUUUUUUUGGUGGUUUGUUCCUGCCCGGGACGUACGCGUAUUUUUUUCGUUUGGUUCCCUCGAGUCGACGCGGUGAUCACUCACGGGGCUCUUGAACGGGCCCAGCGGCAAACAGAGGAAAGAUGCAACCGAGGAUAUACUGGAUUCUGAUCAGUACGGCCGUCAUUCUCGCGGGAUGCAACGCCGCUACCGAGAAGGAUCAAAGCGAGAAGGAGAGAACAACGGGAGCGAGUUCAACGUACAACUCGUUCCCGGACGAUCUCUACCUAGACGACCAGGAGUCUUUGGAUGGUUCUGGUCGAGGUGGCAGCGAAGGUCGCGACGACCUUGAAGCAUCUGGAAGUGGCCUUGGUCCAGACGACGAGGACGGCGACGACGGCGACGACGAUCACGAUUUCAAUAACAAUAAUAGGAUAGAACCGCCGCCCAACAGGCCGCCUGAGCCCAAAGCACCAUACUCUGUCGACGAACCAAGUGUUAAAACUAAGGAGCAGACGAACGUCGAGACUGUAAACCGACUCGACGAGGUCGAUGUAAUCGAGCCCUUAGAUGUCGAGGACGACCACCCGGAGAACACAGACGACAUCCACGAAGUAUACAUCAUGAACCCGAAACACGAGGACCGUGCCAGCUCCUUCUUUGCUCAGCCAGGUGUGCUGGCAGCUGUGAUUGGCGGUGCGGUAGUUGGUCUGCUCUGCGCGAUCCUGGUGGUGAUGUUCAUCGUGUACAGGAUGCGCAAGAAGGACGAGGGUUCGUACGCCUUGGACGAGCCAAGGAGAUCACCAGCGGCGCAGGCGUUCCCUAAGCCAGGCGCGCCGCAUCACAAUCGAGAAUUCUACGCUUGAGGCGACAAAGCUUAUCUGGCUUUGGCACCGCCCAGUUUUGUCCCACGAUACCACGCCGAGAAAGACGAUGUCCUUCGACCGAAUUAAGCGCCACCGCCGACGAUACGACACAUCCGGAAUCUCCCACGAGGGUCCCGCGAAACACCUCGUGCACUGACCACAGGGAGAUUUCCUUCACAUCGGGGGGAAGCGUCGUCUUAAUCUCUUUCCGACCUUUCGAUCAGAGACAUCUAUAUAAUUCUCCGUUCGACAUAAUUCGUUCAAUAACCUAACCUAACUUAACUUCCAAACUAACGUUCUCUGUUUUACCAUAAGAGCAUUCUCACUCUCUAUUCUUUGUAAUCGAUCACUUUCUGAGGUGGAACCUCCCUUAAUUCCACAGCGCUCUAUUUUCCUACUCACGUGCUCUGUCGCCGCGAGUAGUAUCCUGGAUUAAGUAAUUGGUCCACCUCCGAGAGUAGAACGUCGUUUUACCCUUUCUAGAUUAACCUGUAACCGCUAAUCUGCGUAUUUUGUACUUCCACGUUCGGACUCUGUUCUUUUUAUCAUAUGAUAAUACACUAAUGUAUUUUUCUCUGUGGCUAUCGUGCACUGAUCGAACGAACGAGAGAGAGAGAGGGCGAUGGCUGACGAGCCACCCCGUCGCAAGUACUCGUCGUCGGCAAGGUCGCGCCAAUUCCAAAUGCAUUUACACAGCGUGUAUUUCAGAGCGUAUACGUAUCCAGGCGUACGUACACGCCACCCUCCCCCCCUGUACAGGACUGAGAGCGCGAAAAUUCGUGGGCGAUAAACGCUGCUGGUAUGUCGUUAAUCAUUCUGGCCCGGUGGAAGGAGGGAAAGGAAGAAGGAUCGUUGCGCCACCGUGAUUUCUCUUCAACGCCAAUCCCGUGAACCACGACCUCGUUUAUCAGCGUUUCCUCCGCUUUAUCCUUCACCCGUUUUUUCUCUCUUUCUCUCUCUUUCUCUUUCUCUCCUUCCUGUUUUUCCGAACG